CCCGUUACCUUGCACUCGGCUUCGGUAUCACUUCCUUAGCUCAAGCGCUCCGUUGCCUGAGCACUGUGAGCCACGAGUGUUCCGCAGUGAGAAGCCUUCCUAGCUGCCGCUGCAUCAGACUCCAUGGCUCUCCCGGGUGCCCCGCCGCCAGGCAGCGGCCCCUCGAGGCGGUAUCCGCCAUCCGGUCCUGUCUCUCAAAUUCAGACGCCAGGCUUUGCCGGAUACAACAUCGCAUGGAGCCCCUUCUUCCCAGACCGAUUAGCCAUAGCUGGCAGUGCUAAUUACGGACUAGUGGGCAAUGGAAGACUCCACCUCGUCGGCGUCUCGUCACCGCCGGGUGGAGCCGGCCUUCCUCAGAUGAGCCUGCAAAAGGUCUUUGAUACACAGGACGGCCUCUAUGAUGUAGCAUGGUCAGAGGUGCACGAGAAUCAGCUCGUGACGGCAUCAGGGGACGGCUCGAUCAAGCUGUGGGACUCUACGCUCAUGGACCAUCCGAUCCGCAAUUGGCACGAGCACUCAAGAGAAGUCUUCAGCGUUGAUUGGAACAACAUCAAGAAGGAUGUCUUCGUAAGCAGUAGCUGGGAUGCGAGCGUCAAAGUCUGGCAUCCUGAGCAGCCUCGCUCUCUGUCGAGCAUUACCACCCACACCGCCUGCGUGUAUUCUGCUAUGUGGUCACCUCAUAAUCCGGAUGUUCUAGCCACUGCUUGCGGAGACGGCCACCUACGCCUCUUUGACCUUCGAGCUCAAUCCUCGCCCGUUGCAGGCCCACACCCCGUAGCAACAAUACCCGUGGGCGGCGAGGUGCUGUCCUUGGACUGGAACAAGUAUAGGACGUGGAACAUCGCCACUGGCAGUACGGACAAGAGCGUCAAGGUGUGGGAUCUGAGGGGCGCCAGUGCAAAUGCGGCAGCAGGGCCUCCGCCUCCGGGAGGUGCUAACGCGAGGAGUCAAGGGCAGAUUGCAGCGGUGUGUACCGGCCAUGAGUAUGCAGUCAGGAAAGUGGCCUUUUCGCCCCACUCACCCUCACUCCUGGCCUCGGCAAGCUACGAUAUGACCGCCCGGAUAUGGGACGUAGACCACCCUUCUGCAUCGCUAUCGUCUGUUGCUUCGCGCCUCGGCCAGCCUCAGGGCAUGGGAGGAGCGCUGAAGAAAGUACACGAUGCCCACACUGAGUUCGUUGUUGGGCUGGCGUGGGGCCUCUUCCAGGAGGGUCUGGUAGCAAGCACUGCCUGGGACAUGUCCGUGCACCUGUGGCCAUCACGUUGAAGAGGCAAUACCCAAUGACCUAUGAGGCAUAAGUAUGAGCACAGAUGUGAACAUCGAGGAGAUCUGCGACGAUCGAGAUUGCUUUGUACGGCCCUAGGGUGAAGGUGGUCCGCACUGGU